AUGAAUGUGUCUAUGAAACGUCCAGAAUCGUCUCUAUCAUCUGAGGUUCCAUACAGUAGUUCAGAUGCAGCAAAUAGUCCUCUUUGUGCAUUUUUUUAUGAAGUGAAUAGGAUUAGACAAGGUCAGGAUAAAAGGAGAGAUAGGAGUAGUAUAAAUGGGUCACCGAAUCUUUUAAAUAGUAGUUAUGGUCUUUCGAAGAAAGAAUUGAGUGAUAUUAAGGCAGCUGCAUUUUUUAAUCGGUGUUAUGCAGGUACUCGAAGUACAGAGAACUUGAAUAGAAAUAGUGGAAUUUGUGUAAGAAAGAAUGCAUCUUUUUCAAAAAACGUGUUGGAUUCUGUGGAUAUGAUUGAUGAUGCUCUUUCAAUAAAGACAUCGUUAUCGGAUUAUAAAAUAUCUAAUAAAGACAAUGUCUGUAAGAUUAUAGAUUCUCCAUUAAAAGCUCCAACAAUUCACAAUGUGGAAUAUUCAACGUCUUCUAGUAACAGUUCAUAUUUAAAAGAGCAUAAAGAGCCUUCGGUUAAUAUUUUUAAAGAUGAAGUUUUUGAAAAAAAGUCUUCUACUUCGAAGAGUUUAAAAAAGAAUCAUGAAGAUAAGAGUACUGAGACAAAAAAAAGUGCUCUCAGGUCAAUUUCUUUGAAUAUAAAAGACAUUGUUUCAUCCAUUGUGUCAAAUGUUGAUGAUCAUAAACAGUUUACAGAACAUAAUAAUGAUGUUAAAAAACUAGGAUCCAAACCUGAUAACAGUUAUAAUUCAUCUGUGUCACAAGUAGAAAAUAAUUCUGAAACAGUUUCUAUGUAUAAUAAAAAUAAUAUGUACAGUGGAUUUUUCUCUAGAUGUGAAAGUUCUAUGAAUAAAAAUAAUGUCAAGGAAAUGACAUUAUCAAAUGCGGAGGAAACUGAACUUGAGGUUUCUUCAGAAAAUGAAAAAAAAAACCAAAGUGAUAAAGCACAUGUUAAUACUUUUUCUGAUUUAGAGGAUAAUUGCUCGAUAUUAGAAGAUAGUGAUAGUGUUUAUUCAAAUAAUACUGCUUUAGGGUCUUUUAAUAGUGAUGUUUAUAAUGAUAAAGUUAAUAGUAUCCAGAAUUUAACUUAUAGUACUGAAAAUUCAUCGACAAACUUAAAAGCAGAUAAGUCAUCAUUUUCUUCUCUUCCCAAACUGUAUAUAGCAGAAACUGGUAGUCUUGGCUUAGAAGAAUUUAUGGUGGGAAACUAUUUGAAUGAGUCGGCAGGUGGAAAUAAUUCAUUAAGAAAAUCUAGUGUAUUGAUAAAAAAGAAUAAUAAAUUAACAAAAGAAACUAGUGAAUCAAAGAGUAGUUUUUUUGAGGAAAACUCUGUUUUAGAUCAAGAAAAAUUGAAUAAUUGUACUGCAAAAGUUCAGGAAAUGUUAUAUAAUAUAUCAAAUGAUACUCCAAAUUUAUUAAAAACUGAACUUCAUUCUGGAAUUGGUCAUUCUGAUAUUAAGAAAGAUAAUUCUAACACUCGAAUUUUAAGCAAUAGCAAUGUAGAUUUCACAUCGAAAAAGGCUAGUUGCAAUACUCAUGUUAAAACUAAUGGUGCUGUUACUUUGCCUAUUUUAGAAGAUCAGUUUUUAUCAGACUUCGAUCCAUCUUUGAAUGAUGUUUCAAAUGCAAUUGAUAAGGUUAUUGGAGUUAAAAAGCGUGGUUAUAUUAUGAGACAAAAUGCAGAAAUAGUUCAUGCUAGUAGUGAGGAUAAUUUUGACGAAAAUUAUGAAAAAGAAACAGUUGAUUAUUUCAAACUAAAUAGUGUUCAUGAAAAGCAAGAAAAGAAUCCUACAUAUAAGUCUGAGAAAACAAUGAAUACUAAUGUUAAAUAUUCUCAAGAUAUUUCAGUUGAUAAAAAAGCUAAUGCUAGUCUUCUUUUUGUGCGUGUUUUGGGAGUUAAAAAUUUAGAAUUAUUAUUACCGGAAAAUGAAUCAUUAAGAUUUUGCUGUACUCUAGAUAAUAAUAAACAUUAUGUGACCACGCCAUGGAUGCCUCUUUCAAAAAAUGCGAAAAUUGAUGAAGAAUUUGAAUUAAUUGCCUAUGAUGGUUUGGAGUUUACUUUUACUUUAAGAGUGGAUUAUGAGCCUAAGGCUAUUUGCAUGAAAAAAAAAUCUAUUUUUUCAAGAAUUUCUAAGUCUUCAAAGAAACAAGAGUUAUUGGAUCUAUCAGAUCCGCUUGCAAAUAGUCUUUCAAAUAACGGAAGUUUUGGUCGUUCUUAUGUUUCUUUAAAAAUGCUUAAGGAUAAUGCAUAUGGACGUUCUUAUAUGACUACAAUACCAUGUAUGAAUGAAUGGACUAAAAAGGUUGUUGCGAAAGGAAAGAAUCGACAAUUGUUAAAAGUAAAGCCGUAUAUUAUUUGUCAGUUAAAAAUUAUGGCUUUUUAUGUUCCAUUUGUACCAGAACAGCCGAAAGGAACUUUGCCUAAAAGCAUGUCAGCGUGUAUAAAAGAUAUUAAAAAUGCAGAAUGGAUUUGUAAAUUAAAUUAUGAAGGAUUAUUGAUACAGCAUGGAGGUGAUUGUUUAUACCGUAAAAAGCGAUACUUUUGUCUUACAGGUUUGAAGUUGACAUCAUAUCAUGAGUCCACUAGAUCAGUUCGGUCCAAUAUUAAUCUAGUUAAAGCAGUUUCAGUGCUAGAUGAUCAGCAAUUGUGUAUUAAUUCUAAACCAUCGACUGAUACUAAAGAUGUAAAAAAUGGAUAUUCUGUUUUGUUAGAAAGCGAUGGUGAUUAUAUGUUUAUUAAGGGCGGUUUUUGUAUUAAAUUUAUGAAUGGGGAAGUUAUAAAUUUUUACGCGGAAUCAGAGGAUGAAAAAAUUAGAUGGGUGCGGGUUUUAAAUGCUGCUAUUAAAAAGGCAAAUGAGGUUAAACCUUGGAGUUUAUAUGUUAUUUAUAAGCAAAAGGCUAUGAAACGAGUAAUGCCAAAACCUGUUUUAAAAACCGAAACAUCUCGAAAGCUUAAAUAA